AUGUUAGCAACAAUCAUUCUUGUAAGGAAAAAAUAUGAAUUUAAUGCUAACAUUGACAAGGUGAACUCAAUUGUAUCAAUGCAUGCUCAGCAACUUAACUUUGUUGCCUUUCCAAAAACAAAAAUUAAUUCUGUCGAAUUUUUUGUGACAAAACAAUCAUCAAGAUUAUUCUUUAGCGAACAAAUAGACGGACCCAAUAUAACAGAGCGUGAUAAAAUGCCUGUUUAUCGUCAAUUUUAUACUUUUCCUCCGGCUAAUGGAGAAAAUCAUAUGAAUAUGUUCUGGUAUAAAAUCAAUGGACUAUUUAGUUCAGAAGAUCGAUUUACAGUACUCAUUGACACUGAUACAAACGAAUCUGAUUUUUUAACUUACGUUUCACAGCCAGAAAUAACUGUCAAUUCCAAUAUUAACUAUGCAGUUCUGUUUUCAAUCGUAAUUGCUGUUGCAGAAGCUUGUUUUUAUUCAAAAUUUUUUAUCAUCGAAAUAAUACUUUCCGUUUUAUCUGUAAUUGAACCACAUUGCUAUCCACUAUUUAUUACAGCACUUUAUGUUAUUCGCAGUACAGAUUUAAACAUCGAAAAUUUACAUCUUUCAAUGCCAAUAAUUCUGACUUAUAUUUUCUGGAAAAUACACCCAUACUUUCCGUUUUUCAUAGUUUUCUAUUCAAUCUUACAAAAAGACUUUUCUAUAUUAAAAUUAACAAAUUUAUUUUCAAUUACUGCUUCUUUGCUACUUUCAAACGCAAACUACUCAUACAUGAUCGGAAUUUUCCUAUAUUUACUUACAAUUUUGGCAUUUAACAUUGAUAAACUUAAAAAAUCAGAAAAAUUCGAAAAUUCUUCUAAAAUUGUUCAAUUAUCAUUAGGACUACUCAUUUUAUUUGUUACAGGCAUAAUCUUUACUACUCCUUCUUACUUAAAAUACAACAAAACUCAAAUAGAAAAAGUAAAUGAUUUAAUUCUCGAAUUUUCACCAUUUGCAUCGACAAGACCAAUGACAAUGAAGCUUGCCAAAGCAGCAGCUCUUGCCUUGAAGGGUCCUUAUGACUAUUCAGAGUGCAAACUCUGUAAAAAUCCACUUCCUAAAGAAAUUCAUUCCUCAGAAAGAGAUUUAAUCAUUAUGUUUGCAACAUAUGAGUCUUAUAAGGCCGUUGUUCCUGUUAGAACAAUCAGAACAUCAGGUUGCCGUGCAAGAAUCUUAUUAAUUACAGAUGAAACAACAGCGUUACCUUUUGAGUUCCAAGAUUGUGGUGUUACUGUUGUUAGUACACAUGUAGGCAAAUCUGCAAGCUUAAAUGUUCGAAGAGGAAUCAGAUUCCCAUUUAUGACAGAUUUUCUUCCUUUGGUCGAGAAAGAUUUUGAUCGUAUACUUUACAUUGACGGUUAUGACACGAUUUUCCAACGUGAUCCUUUCCCUGAGAAAAUCAUAUAUAACCAGCUCCAUUACAGUCCCGAAAACCAUACGUACGCGACCAAUUAUGUACUUAGGCAAUGGCGAGAAAGGGCACCGAACUUCAAUGUCCCUCAUUGGAACGACAGAGAAGUGAAAUGCAACGGAUUAAUACUUGCUGAUACGAAGACAAUGUGGAAGAUCGCUUAUAUGGAGACAGCCUUGUUCUACAGAAAUGGAGAUAACAUUUGCGAAGAUCAAACUUUCUACGAAUUCCUUAUUGAAGAAGAUAUUAUUUCUUCUCAUGGAAUUAAGCUUUAUAGAGAUAGAGAACUAGCUUCAUUGCUAUGGUCAAUGACAGGAUAUACCAAAUUAUCCCUUGGACAUAUAAGACAAAUCAACACAACAUGGUUUCCUGCAAUUGUCCACCAGGCAUUGAAUGUUUUAGACUGGAGAGAAAUAAUAUGGCAAACAUGCCGCUAA